AUGGAAUAUAAAUGGCUUACUCAAACACAAUACCAACAUUCACCGAUUAAAAGUUCUCUUUCAACCAAUCAACUUUUGUUUCCAAGAAACAAAUUUAAGACCAAACACUACUUUUCCCAUAAAAGAUAUAACGGUUUUUUCAAAAAUCGUCAUACACAACUUCGCGCAAGCGGUGGAGUUGCUAUUUUUGUCAGCAAUUUAAUUGAUAGCACAGAAAUACAUAUCCAAUCUCCACUGGAAGUUAUUACCGUCUCUUUACACCUCAAAACCCCCUUAUGUAUUUGUAACAUUUAUUUGCCAGAUAGCACUAAUCUAUUACUUAAUGAACUAAAUGAUAUAAUCAAGCAAUUGCCAAAACCUUUUCUCUUUCUUGGCGACUUUAAUAGCCGAAAUCAUAUCUGGGGAUCUAACCACACCGAUCCCAGAGGUAAAACUAUUGAAAAAUUCUUAGAAAAUGAUCAGAUAACAUUACUUAACACCGGGGAAUACACACGUCACAAUGCAGCCCACAACUCUUUCUCGGCCAUCGAUCUUACAAUAGCAAACAGCGCUUUUACGUCCAAAACCGAAUGGAAAGUUCUCACUGAAUACAGCACCAGUGACCAUUGGCCAAUUCACUUAAAAAUUCUCAACGAAGCACCCAAAAUCCACCUACCCUCCCGUUGGCGCCUCAAAAACCCAAAUUGGAAUUUAUACAGUGAUAUCAUAGCUCAAAACCUUAACGAAAAACCUAUUAAUCUCGAUCUCAUUACUAACCAAAUUCAAAUUAAUUCGACUAUUAAUACCUUUUGCAACAUUAUAUUAGAAACCGCUGACAAGACAAUUGGCAAGUCAAAUUCACAUCUGAAGAGAAAAACAGUUCCCUGGUGGAAUAAAGAUUGCAACAAUGCAAUUAAGGCAUAUAAAAAAUCCUUAAACAAAUUCAAAAAAACUAAACUAAUCACAGAUCAUAUAAACUUAAAAAAAAUCUCGAACUCAAGCAAGAUUUAUUACAAAAAAAAGCAAAACUGA